GCAUGCUAUGUGUAAUUGCAUCCUCUGUUUUUGAAAAUUAGCGAAUGAGUAGGCUACGUCGGAAUUUUCUAAGCAAAAGUUACGUCGUCGACUCUACAUUAAAGUGAUGUGUUCAGAAAAUUGUACUUCAUAAAUUUUGAAGUUGAUGAAAAUGGUUCAUUUUUUUAUCCUUCCGUUUUACAAACGCUGUCUACGUGGAUUUAUUCGUUCCACGAAUUGUUAAAACUUACUUCCGGACGGAAAAGUGAUUUGUCUCUUUUGUUUGACGGGAAUUCAGUGAUGAGACGCUAUGCCGUUGUGACAGUAUAGCGGCAACCAUUAGGCUUGAAUUGAACUACGUACUAAGCUACUCGGUGUUAUGGAAAAGUUUAGAAGUCUAUUUUGCUUCCGGCAUUCUUACUUUGUGUUGUCCGUGAUCCAUAAGACGGCGUGCAGAAAUUUGGAGUGAAAAAGACUGUCCGAAUCCUAUUGAGCUUUUGGCAAUAUUAUUACAUUUUUAAUAUUUCAAUUGAGGUCCCAAUAUAUAGCCUUUCUUGGCGAGGUACCCCUGACUUAGUUAAGACAGCUAAAACAGACAAAUUCUCUGUUCUUGAUAGCUACUCUAAAGACAAACACUUACCACUUCAGCUUGUCGUUUAUAUUAUUAUAGCCUAUAACAGCUAGAACAAAUUAUAAACGAAGCUUUUACAUUUUAAUUACAUUUAAUGCUAAAACUGUAAUUGCUAUUUAACUCCUUGCAUGUAAUCCACUGGUGGGAGAGUGAGGUUUUAUGAUAUCAAAAAUUGGGCAUGGAGGUGAUUUGACUCGAUCAUUUAUGUCAUGCUGUGGAAGUGUAAAACCGUUUGAUUGGUUCAAUCGAGUUGAAGAUUGAGAAUGAAUUGUGGCUCCAACCAUUGUGGCGUUCAUGAACCCUCCCUCAUGUUUGAAAAUGUUUCAAAAUAAUAGCCCUAUAAAAAACAUUUAUGUAUGUAAACCAUGUCUUCUCUAGUUUUCGCCUUUUUGAGGAUGACCUCUGACCCCUACAUCUUCUCCACUGAUACCCUGCCCUCUGAUGAGCGAUUUCUGCCUCCACUGGCCAAUGGGCUUCUGGGCUGGAGGGUGUUUGGUGACAGAAUGCACAUGGGCGGGGUCUAUAAUGGGGAGGCAGGGGAAUGUCACCGGGCCGACCUGCCGUGCCCAAUGGCAGUGAGGCUGAAAUUGGAGGAGCCAGGUAGACACGCCUACAGCCUGGACACCCAUACAGGUAUAUUCAGCCACACAGUGUCUACAGCCAGCGUGAGCGCCACCCAAUCAUUCUACGCCCACCGCCACGUCUCCAACAUGUUGGUGAUGGAGGUGAUGCUGGUGCGUCAGGUGACCACAGAGGAGCCAAUCACGGUAGAGCUGCAGGGCUCCUUCACGCCCAGCAGCGAUGAUGUCGUAUUCCAACCCGCCCCAGACUACAGGGGUGGGAGGCACAUCCAGGGGCAGACCAAAACGGCGGAGGUCCACGGGGACCCGUGCCCCAGCGUGCACCUGAUCUGGAUCCCCGUGGAGACGUCGCUGACGCUGCAGGCGGGCCAGAGCCAGUCGCGCUGGGGCUUCAUCCUGGUGGCGGGCGACACGGCGCAGAACGCCCAGGCCUUUUUCGACCGCGGCCUGGACCUGAUGAAGGGCGGGGACCUCCGCUCCUCUCACUGCCAGGCGUGGGCGGAGCUGUGGGCCGGCAGCAAGGUGGAGAUCACCGGCCCCGACGCCUUCAGCCGCGCCGUGAUUGGCUGCAUGUUCUACCUCCUCAGCGCCCUACCGCCCCUGCGCGACGCCCCUUCCCAGUUCGGGGGCAUCAGUCCUGGGGGGCUGUCCAAUGGGAGGCAGGGGCAGGACUACUGGGGCCACGUGUUCUGGGACCAGGACACCUGGAUGUAUCCCAGCAUUGUCCUCUUCCAGCCUGAUCUUGCACAGGCUGUGCUGAAAUACAGGGUGCAGACAGUAGGGGGCGCCAAAACCAAUGCACAGAUGCAAGGCUACAAGGGGCUGAAGUUCCCUUGGGAGAGUGCUGUGACUGGAACAGAGGUGUGCCCUGAGGACAUAUAUGGAAAUCAGGAAAUCCAUAUCAACGGGGAUGUUACCAUGGCCUUCCAGCACUACUUCUAUCUCACACAGGACUUGGCCAUGUUCAAAGAAGGGCGUGGCAGUGAGGUGAUAUGGGGCGUGGCAGAAUACUGGGUCUCCCGGGUUACAUGGAGUGCUGAGGAGCAGUGUUACCACAUCAGAGGGGUUAUGCCUCCGGAUGAGUACUACUACAGUGUUGACAACUCCGUCUACACCAACACUGUGGCCAAAUACAGCCUCCUUUUCGCCAUCGAGUUGGCUAUCCUCCUCCAACAUCCAGUGCCCCCGGAGUGGCAGGAAGUGGCAGAAAAAAUCAAAAUCCCCUUCGACCCCGAGGCCAACUACCACCCCGAGUUUGACGGUUACAAGAAAGGUGGUCCCGUGAAGCAGGCGGACGCCGUGUUGCUAGGUUACCCUCUGGGGCUUCCCAUGAGCCCAGAGGUCCGCCGGAAUGAUCUGGAACUGUACGAGGCUGUGACUAGCCCUCGAGGGCCGGCCAUGACAUGGGGCAUGUUUGCUGUGGGAUGGCUGGAACUGGGGGAUGCUGGGAAAGCUCAGAAGAUGCUCAACAAGUGCUUCAGCAACAUCCAGGGUCCCUUCCAGGUGUGGAGCGAGGUGUCAGAUGGCUCGGGUGCGGUAAACUUCCUGACCGGAAUGGGAGGCUUCCUGCAGGCUGUGCUGUUUGGGUACACGGGCUUCAGGGUGCAGAAGAGCUGUUUGACCUUUGCCCCCCUCCUCCCUGAUGACAUCAGAGAGCUGCACGUGAGCGGCGUGGCCUACCUGGGGAGUAAGAUGGACUGGGUGGUGAGGCCGGAGGAGGUGGCCGUGUGUGUGAGGGAGGGGGCAGCUCAGCAGCCCCCCCUGCAGGUCGUGCUGAAGAACUCGGGAACCACAAUUCCCCUGACACCAGGAAAAUAUGUGACCUUUUCUCGUGAGCCGGGAGAAGUACGGAAAGUGGACUCUGCCGGUUCCUGUUGGCCCUUGUAAGAUGCCCCCCCCCCCCCAGUCUGGGUCCAUGAGAAUAGCAUUCCCAAAAAUGCUGGCCAUUUUGGAAAAAAGCUAUCCACUAAGUACCCGGAUUCAUAAGGAAUGAGGAGAAUAUUUCAUGCUUAGUAAAACUACCAUGAUACCAGGCUCAGGGUUAAGGACUGACCAGUCAACUGAAACGGGUAUUAAACCUGAAGCAGCAUACACAAUUAUACCUUUUAAGGCUUCUUACUGUUACCGAUGACAUAGUUACUGUGAGCAUUAAGCAGAAACACUUUCUAAAAAACUGGUGCUAUCAACAUUUCUACAUCUUAGAAGUAUUGCUAAAGAGUAUUUUGGGAAAAUCAACAGUAUUUGAUAUAAAGAAGAGCACAAAAUCAAACAGUUUGCAAAAGAGGCCAAAGGACUUUGAUGGUAAUCAUAAACAUGCAUGGUAAUAUUUCAAUCAAGACUUUAAAGCAUGUGACAAAACUACUUGUACAUGCGUCAUUUUUAUGCAUGGCAGGGAUCAAUCAGUCUUAUGCUCUUUUGCAGUAUGAUUUUAUAAAUGACUGAAUAGCUUCUCAGCAUUAAAUUUAUUUCCUGCAUUAUUAUUUCUAUAAUCUUUUCUAUUUCUGCUUUUUAAAAAUUCUGGUUCCCCCUUUUUAUGGUGGAAUAUUGAAUAUUGAUGUUUUUCUUCUCUGCCAACACUAAGUUUGAUACUGAAAAUAUAAAUUUCAGUGUAUGUUGACUUUUAUUUCAAUAAAAUACACUGACAUGUGCAUGA